AUGCCCAUGCAGUUGCGACCACGCUGCCCUUGCUGUGGCUGCCGACAACUACCACCCGCCGGAAACUCCCCGCGUCUGGAUCAACAGGACCCCUGUGGCUACGACCCUACAGACCCCUGCGACCAGAUGCUCUACGAAGAGUACUAUCAGAGCUUCGCUGAAGUCUGUCCACCCCACCGACGAUACUGCGCUCAGCUUCAACGUGCUAUGCACACGCCCUGUUGCGUUGCCAGCGGCCCUCAGGCUCAGGCAUACAUGGUAACGUCCCCACAACCAGCAGCACCCAUACCAACACCACCGCCACAAGGACAGUGCUAUGGGAACCCUAAUGGAGGCUAUGACCCCUGUUGCUGUGAGGGGCAGUCAGCUCAGCCGUGUUAUGAACGAAGAAGGCAGUGUUAA